AGGAAGGGUGGCGGUUCUUGAAGGCCUGUGUGCGUUUAGAAGCCUCCCGGCGCUCCACCACCUGUCUGGAGUCAGCCCCCUUCUCGGGCGUCUCUUCGAGUUUCCUCCCCAUAGGCUUGUUCCUGGGAGUGUGGGCGGCCCCAUUCCUGAGCGCUGAAACUCUCUCCCCCCGCUCUCCACCCCCCGCCCUGCACACCAGCCUUUCUAUUUGCCUCAGUCACUUCCUUCCUCAGCCUCUUCCUCCCCAGUUCGUGGAGAAGAUAACCAGUCCGCACCUGCGCGGCUCCAGUUUUUCCUUAGAAAAGAAAAGGAGGUGAAGAGGCAGCAAUGAAUGUGGAUCACGAGGUUAACCUCUUGGUGGAGGAAAUUCACCGUCUGGGUUCAAAAAAUGCCGAUGGAAAAUUAAGUGUGAAAUUUGGGGUCCUAUUCCGAGAUGACAAAUGUGCCAACCUCUUUGAAGCAUUGGUAGGAACUCUCAAAGCUGCGAAACGAAGGAAGAUCAUUACAUACCCAGGAGAGCUACUUUUGCAAGGCGUUCAUGAUGAUGUUGACAUUAUAUUGCUGCAAGAUUAAUGUGGUUUGCAUAGCUUUGUUUAUUGGUUUUUGUUUGUUUCUGCUAAACUGGAAUAUUAUGUCAAAGGACAAACACACGAGCAUACUUAGUGUAUUUUUGUAGAACUUUGUAACAAAAGGAGACUCAUUUUAGAAGUCUGUCCUUUUUUAUAUCUUGAAAGCAAACUUAUGUGUUACACUGUAAGACAAACAAAACCUAUUCUUUUUCUCAGGAAUCUGGUUGGGAAAUGUAGGCAGUGAGGCUUUUUUGGUGCAGGUACAAGAGUGUUUCAUAAAUCAUUCUUAGACAAUUUCUACAGAUAUUUGACAUUCUGUGAAAUCACGAAGCAAACUUGAAGACCAGCUCCCACAAGGAAUAUAACGUUUAUGUAAUAAAAACAUGGAACUCUCUUAA